AUGUCCAACACAACACCCCAACUCCAGUUGCUGUCGAACAAUGCCUCGUUGGCCAGUCAGAGGUUAGCAGUGCCCAUAAGGACAUUCAUGGGCUUUCUGUCCGUGUCACCAUGCCUUCUCUUCCUCUAUAUCAACAUGGUCAUGCUGUACAGUCUAAAAAGCAAACCUGUAUUCAGAGAGACCCCACGCUAUAUCUUGUUUGGAAACCUCAUUUUUGCUGACACCAUCCUACUGAUGAAUGGCCAGUUGCUUUACAUAUUAGCCGUGGCUGGUUUGUAUAUAAUGCGCUACACAUGUGUUGUGAUUGUGAUGGUGGCAAAUUUCAUCGGCAAUGUUUCCCCUCUCAACCUGUUCGUGAUGUCACUAGAAAGGUAUGUGGCUAUCUGUUACCCUCUGCGGCACAGCUCUAUUAUCACCCCCAGGACUACAGGCCUUGUCAUCGCUGCAAUCAUCCUUUUCACAAUUGUUGGUUUUAUUAUCAUAUACACCUACAUCACACUGAUGCUGAUAGCCAAGUCCGCCUCCACAGAUAAGGACUCAAACAACAAGGCUCGCAACACAGUUUUACUGCACUUGAUCCAACUAUGCCUGAGUCUCUCCUCCACUCUCCAUCAUAAUAUAGUAUCAGCCUUGAAAUCUAUGGGCCUUGAUAAAGCCUCACAGAUAGAGUACAUCUUGUUUAUCACUGUGAUUAUCCUGCCCAAGUGUCUGAGUCCUCUGAUCUACGGCCUGAGAGACAAGAUGUUCAGACACAUCCUCAUAUACCAUCUCACCUUUGGUUUCAGACCCAUAUUCAAUUCAAAUCUAAUUCAAAUAUAUAAUCAUUAA